GGUAGCUUUGACUUGUGUUGUCGACUUCAUAACAUCAACACUCUAAGUAAAGUGUAAACUAUUUCACAGUCGCACAGUAUUUUCAGACUGUGGAGUAAAGUUGUGUCUGGACUAGUAACAAAUGAAGAAUGGCGAGUAAAGUUGUGUUAACAGCAUUGGAAUUAAAUUUAAUUCGUUGUGUGAAACAGCGAUGGAGGUUAUCAGCAGUUCAGCAACUCGCACAGUACUCAUCUCAUCAUAACUCAAGCAGAAAUCCAGAAGACCACCCAAUAAAAUACACGUCAAGUGAAGCGGCAGCGUGGAAAGCAGUGCAGGCUAGGGGAGGAGAGGAAGAUGAUAGACCAUGGUAUCAAGGCAUAGUCAUUUCAGCAAGUUUGGGAAUUUUCCUCAUAUACUUCUGCAUCCUGAGAGAGGAAAAUGACAUGGAUGAAGAGCUUGGAAAGUCUUUGUAUGAUCGUGUUCCAGGCCUAGAGGAACAGCAACUCAAUGUAACACUAAAAUACUACAAGGAAAGAGGAAUGGAUACAAGAGAGAUCGAAACCAGACUAAACCAGCUGAAGAAUCAGGUGAAUUCACAUGAUGAAUAGAUAGAACUUCCAAUACAAAUGGAUUUCUGCAGUAUUAAGGAACAUGUUUUUCUGUGAAUUGUUGCUUGUUUUUUGGUGGUGCUGCUGCUGUAAUUCAUUACGUAGAGAGAAUUUUGUACGUCAUUGACUGCAACAGUGGUAUACUUCGCAGCUGCGUGAAGACUCAUAUUCAAACACAUGUAAUGGUUUUAAGCAGUCGAAAGACCAAUAUUUUAUGGAAAGCUAACUUGACCCUAACUUGGUUGCCAGAAAAGACUGCACCUGUGUAGUGCUGAACGAAUUGACUGCCAUGAGGCCACUGGCAGUGCAGCCCGGAAUGGCUGCCAGCAACCACACAGCAAUCAUUGUGUUAAUUAAGUGUGGCAAGUUUUCUGAUAAUAUAAAAUAGGACAGGAAAAUAUAAGAAUAGCAAUGCACCUGAAGAAACAGCCACUAUAGAAAAAUGAGAAGAGAAGAAUGAGUUCCACAAAAUAUGGAAGACAAGCAGAAAUGCAAAUUUUAAUCAUGCGGAAUGCGGUUGAUUAAUACAAAAUACAUUUUUUUCUGAAUUCAGAGUUCUUGAAAGGCACACAUAUCAAUGUAAUGAAACCAAAUGUCAUACAUUCUUUGUUAUGAUAAAAUAUGAUCUACUUAUGCAGUAAUAGAAUAAUAAUCGCAGUGUGCUGAUGAUUAAGGUCAAACACUUUUCACAUAUUACCUUUCUGUAAAGUGCACCCCAAUUACAGUGACUGUUGAGUAUGUAGGUGCAGCACCACAAAUGUUUCGGUCUUCAAGAUGUCACUGUGGCUAUGCGCGUGUAAGUCACAUUUCAAUAGUAAUAAACAUAGCUUGGAAAAGUUGUUACCUUGUGCUACAAGCAUCAUUACCCAUUGGUGGUUUAUUUGAUUGAGAAGAAUUUCACCAAUAAAUAAAAUAUCAAACAAAA